AUGGGCUGCUGCCAGGAUAAGGACGCAGCGGGAACCCCGGUGCCCAGAGCAAGACCACUCCAAAGGGACAGCCUUGAGGCCGGCUGCAGCAGACUCGAGAGCGAAGUGGAUGUUCCCGGUCGCCGGUCUGAGGAUAGCUUCCUGAUCACCGUGCUGUGGCGGCGGCUCUCCAUGUUCAGCCGGCGGAGCUCCGCGCGGUCGUCUGUGAGACAUUCGGAAGUGAUUCAGAGGCAGGGGGACCUGAUCCAGAGGCAGGAAGAUCCCAUCCCUGAGGACAAUCAUGAGGACAGCCAGGAACAGUCGGAGAAGGGAUGACUCAGUUCCCUAGGAAUAAAACGUCUGUUCCAGCUCUGUCUGGGCGCUCCGA